AUGGAGCCGGCUCGCAAUGGGUAUGAUAUCUAUGAUCUGUAUGACAUCGGUGAAUUCGACCAGAAAGGCUCAGUGGCUACAAAAUGGGGAUCCAAACAAGAGCUGCAGGUUUUGGUAACGAAAGCGCAAGAGAUGGACAUACGGAUACUCUGGGAUGCAGUACUAAACCACAAAGCUGGAGCUGAUAGCCAAGAAAGGUGCCAAGCAGUCAGAGUGAACUCAGAUGACCGAAAUACGGAAAUGGAUGCUACACCCGAGGAAAUUGAGGCUUGGCUUGGAUUCGAGUUUCCAGGGCGUGGUACUCAAUAUAGCUCCAUGAAAUACCACUGGCGCCAUUUCACCGGGGUCGACCACGAUCUUGAAUCCGGAACAAAGGCUAUAUACAAAAUAGUUGGUGAUGGUAAAAAAGGUUGGGCUACUGAUGUUAGCAGGGAAUUCGGAAAUUAUGAUUACCUCAUGUUUGCCGAUGUCGACUUCUCUAGCGAUGAAGUCAAAAACGAUGUUAAGAACUGGAUCUAUUGGCUUCAUAGCCAGAUUCCCAUUGGCGGGCUUCGACUUGAUUCUGUGAAACAUUAUUCUCGGUCGUUUCUGCUAGAGUUCAUCCUGCACAUAAAGGAUCAAAUCGGACCUGACUGGCUUUUCGUCGCCGAAUAUUGGAAAAAUGACGCUAAAGAGCUCAUAGACUACUUGGAUCAGAUGAAGAACUUAUUGCUUCUUGCUGACGUUCCACUGGCGCAUAAUAUCUCUGAAAUUUCACACCAGCGAAACGUCCCUCUCCGACAAAUCCUCAAUGGAACCCUGCUGAAGGAGCGGCCGGAUCAUGCAAUGACGUUUGUCACCAACCAUGACACGCUUCCAGUGGAAGGGUGGUUCAAGCCACUGGCAUACGCAUUGAUUCUACUUCGCAAACAAGGGCAUCCAUGCCUCUUCUACGGUGAUCUUUGUGGUAUCAAUAAGGGCCUCCUGAAUGCUGCCGAGCCCCCAGUGCCCGAUCUAGAGUCUCUUGUUUUGGCACGUAAACUUUAUGCAUAUGGACCGCAACGCGAUUAUUUCGCCAGAAAACACUGCAUUGGUUUUGUACGAUUUGGAAAUGCAAAACACCCAUCCGGCCUUGUUUGUCUCAUGAGCACUAGAGGUCGCCGCGUUAAGCUUAUGAAAGUUGGAAAAAGCCAUGCCGGAGAAAAAUGGAAAGAGUUUUAUGGCGCGCAUGGUGGAACUGUGACGAUCAACCGCCUGGGUUACGGCCUCUUUGGAGUUUCUCCAAAAAGUGUCAGCGUUUGGGUUAAUCCCCGAGCUGCAGGGAGAGCCGAAAGUCGGGAUUCCUAA